AUAAUCGUGCUAAUAAUAAUAUCACAGCUAAACGACUCAUAAGUACAAAAUAAAGAGCAAUACGGAACCAUUAUCCCUUGCGCUUGUUUCCAAUGGGAUAAUAAUACAGGAGGGACCAAGACUCACAUGGGAGAGAUAUUUACACUGAAUUGGAUGAAUUCUUCACACUUGGCUGCGAUAAAGAAGAUGGCAUGAGUAAACCCCUGACAGUCUAUUAAAUGAACAGGACAAGAUGGAGCCACAAGCCAAACGAAGGAAAGAAAUGGACAAAUAUGACACUUGGGAUGUUCUUCCAGUUCUCUCUGACAAACAGUCCCGGGACACUGAAUUGUUGCUGGCCUACGCGGCACCCAUCAUCGAGAAAAGACAAACAUCUCGCCUGGUUCAUGAGCUUUCCCUGAUCUACCCUUUACCCGGUCUGCAACACAUAAAAAGAGUGAGGGCUUGCAAAGACAAAAGCUCUCCUCAUCCAUUGGAGGUCAUUGUGUGCUUGGCCAAGGAUGUGCAAGUGAUAGACUGUAAAAGAGUUACGCUUGCUGACCUGCUUCCCUCACAGUCUUUUGACUCCAGUGGUUUGGGAGAAGCUUUCCUUGUUGAAAUACCCACCAAUCCUCCACUGACCAGACCACAGUUUGAAAAAGCUAGUAAACACUGGCCUACAUCAUUUCACGAGGACAAACAAGUGACGUCUGCUCUGAGAGGCCAGUUAUUCACUGCCGAUCAGAAAGCUAAAAUACAAGAGUACAUGACGGCAGCUGUAGAGGCUGCAAAAUCAGGCGGGGAGAUGGGAAUGGAUGCGGUGGGCGCUGUGAUUGUUGACCCAGAAUCUGAGCAGAUCGUUGCAGUGGGUCAUGACUGUAAGCGUGGCUUUCACCCGCUCCAUCACGCUGUCAUGGUGUCUAUUGAUCUCGUGGCCUGUGGGCAAGGAGGAGGCGCCUACAGUUAUGAGAAAUAUCCAGCCUGUUGGUUUAACAGCUCCGAGUCCUUUAGGAAUGGCUGCAAUGCCGGCAAAGAAACAGGUCUGCCUUACAUCUGCACCGGAUAUGACCUUUACGUCACUCGAGAGCCAUGUGUGAUGUGUGCAAUGGCUUUGGUGCACUCAAGAAUCAACAGAGUGUUUUAUGGAGUGCCCUCUGCAGAUGGUGCCUUCGGAACCAAGUAUAAAAUUCACUGCCAAAAAGAUUUAAAUCAUCACUUUGAAGUGUUUAAAGGGGUGAUGCUAAAUGCAUGUGAGGCUUUACACAAAAAGUGACUUUUUUAUUUUAUUUUAAAUAAUUAGAGGCAAUGUUACAUUGAGAUUUAUGAUGACAUUUUAAUUAUUUUUACAUUUCUAACUACAGCCAGAUGUUUUUGUUUGUUUUUUUAGAUAGGACCAUAAUAAAAAGUAUUAAAAAUUGUCUACCUUUAAAUAUUCAGUUCGUCAGACCAUCAAAUCAUGUCUUAAUCUGCACAAGUUUUCAACAUUGAUAGUAAAAAAUGUUUCACGAGCACCAAAUCUGAAUAUUUGAAUGAUUUCUGAAGAAUCAUGUGGCAAUGAAGAUGCUGAAAAUUCAGCUUUGACGUCACAUGAAUAAAUUACAUUUUAAAAUAUAAUAACAUGAAAAAGUUAUUUUCAAAU